AUGCCACUCUUGCAGCUGACCUCAGCUCGUACGGGACUCUCUGAUGAGUCAGUAGAUAUCGUUGCAGUACAUGGAAUUGACGAACAUAUCGCAGAAGCUUGGACGGACAUUGAGACCGGAAUCUUAUGGCUUCGUGAUCUUCUCCCUCACGACCUACCAGAUAUUCGCGUUCUUUCGUUUGGUUACAAUGCCCAUGCAUCUGCAUUCUUUGGCAAAGGCUCUGCCGACAGAAUUCAGCAACAUGCGCAGACUCUGGUGGCGGAACUUCAAGCAGAUAGGUCGCUCGAAGGAUGCACAAACCGCCCCAUAAUCUUCGUCUGCCAUGGACUAGGCGGUCUACUUGUCAAAAAAGCAUUAACCUACUCAUCCACCCGAACAUCGAAGCAUGUGGAGCAUCUCUACUCCAUAUUCGUUUCGACUUUCGCUAUUCUUUUCUUCGGCACACCGCAUCAAGGUAUGGAUACAAAUGCUUGGUUGGCAUCAACACGCAGCAAGUCACCACUGUCUCGUAUGAAGCACCACGAGGAGAGCCCGUUAUUGAUGGUCAUGGGCAAGGAGUGCGAAACACUGUUAGCAAUCACAGAACAGUUUAUGCAUCUCUUACGACAAUUUCACAUUUUUUUCCUCUGGGAAGAGAUCGAGACAUUCAGAGGCGAGUUCAAAAGCUACAUCGUCGAAGAAUCCUCUGCGGCUCCCAUACUUGACCAUACCGAAAGAGUCGGAAUAUAUGCAAAUCAUGCACAAAUGAUACAGUUCACUAGUCGAAGAUCGUCAAGUUACAGAACCGUCGUCGAAGGGCUAAAGCGAUAUUGCACUUCUGCACCUCCAAUCAUCGAUAGUCGAUGGAAGCAUGCAAUGGCAUCACUCGCAUUAUCUCGAACCAGUGAAGCGGCUGAAUUAGCAGGGCUGGCAUUUGACGUUCACAAUGCGAAUCGUCCUUAUCAAAUUCAGCGAAUAAUUUCAGAAAAACCGAGGAACAGAUUCUUUCGCAUUCCUCAAGCGGUGAGCAGCAUCUUCACGGGGCGGGAGGAUGUCGCCACAGCUGUGCAAGACGCUUUUUGGUCUUCCACGGUAGCAAGUCAGCCUCCACAGCAGCAAAGAUAUAUAAUAUACGGUAUUGGAGGUUCAGGCAAAACGCAGUUCUGUUCUAAAUUCGCUCAAGACCAUCGUGAGAAGCUUUGGGGAGUGUUUUGGAUUGACGCAACUUCCUCCGAGACGGCGAAGCAUUCUUUUUCAAUGAUAGGCAAAAUGGGAGGUAUGGAAGGGACGGAAAGCGCAGGCAAACAUUGGCUUUCUAGCGCUGAGGAGCCUUGGCUGUUGAUUAUCAACAAUGCCGACGAUCCAACACUGGAGCUCGCGACCCUCUUUCCCGAAGGAGAGAGGGGUCUUGUCCUUGUCACCACCAGAAAUCCUUUCCUCAGGGUUCACGGCAGCGCUGGUUCAAAGGAGUUCAGGGGACUUGAAGAAAAGGAUGCAAUACAUCUCUUGCUCCGAGCUGCAGACGCACCAAAGCCUUGGGACUACAACAUGGAGAAUCUCGGUCAAAAGAUUGCAGAUACCCUGGGGUAUCUUGCUCUAGCUCUAGUGCAAGCUGGCGCAUUGAUCCUUCAACGAAUGUGCAGCAUGCACAAUUAUCUUGAAUACUACCAAGAAUACCGUCAAAGGGUCCGCAGUCGUCGAAUGUCUAUCGAGCCAAAGGCUGAGGAUCAAUCAGCAGUCUACGCAACUUGGGAGCACUCUCUGGACUCACUCGGUGUCCGUGGAGCAGAAGCAGACCAAGUCCUCACAGCUGCUAAAUUUGGCUAUGUAUAUCUUGAGUGCGGCCGACUUGACAAUGGAGCAAAACUUCUCUGCAAUGUCAAGGACGCUCUCAUUGCCAGCCGUGGCUAUAGCAAUGAGAAGACCAUGGUGGCCAUGCUUGUUUUAGCAGAAGCUUACUGGAUGCUAGGACGCUUAGAUGAGGCCAUCGAUUUGCAGAAGAAGGUCGCAGCAUGCCGCACAUCAACUUAUGGGCCUCGUCACAAGGAGACACUUUCAGCCAUGGAACGGUUGGGGCGGUCUUAUUGGCUGAAUGGGCAGUAUAAGGAAGCUCUGACAAUUCAGACGCGGACCGUAGACAAAUUGAAGUUUGAAUUCGGUGACAGGAAUGAAAUUACUUUGACAGCCAUGGACAACCUUGGAUUGACUUAUGGCUCUUGGAGAAGAUUUCAGGAAAGCAGGGAACUUCAUAGGCAAGUUCUUGAGGCAAGGAAAGAGAUUCUUGGCCCUUCGCAUUCGGACACCCUCUUCGCUAUGAACAAUUUGGCCAUGGCACUUAAGGAUCUUGGACAUCUUAAAGAAGCUGAAAGCUUAAUGCUCGAAGCUUAUGAGCAGCGUAAAAGGAAACUUGGCAAGGAGCAUCCAUGGACGCUGUGGGCCGUCUGCAACCUAGCCAAGGUGAAGACAGAACUUGGCCUUCUCCAGGAGGCCCGUGAGAUACUAGUCGUGGGGAUUGCAGCAGGUAAAAGAAGUCUUGGAGAUUUUCACCUCGGUGUCCUGAUCGGAAUCGCAGAACUAUCACGGGUUUAUGCACGCCAAAAGCGGCUGGUUGAGGCUACGAAAUUAUUGAAUGAUGUGGUUUCCCAUUUCGAGAAUCAUCGAGGCGUUAGUCACCCAGAUUCUGUCCUGGCCAUGCACAAGCUGGCUCUUCUAUACCAGAUGCAGGGAAAUAUACCUGCUGCUAUCAAUGUGUGUCAAAAAGCAGACAGAGUCUCUCAAGAUCGGCUUCCAGAGGAGCAUCCACUUGUUCAAGAUAUACACAAACAGCUUCAAGAGCUCAACGCAAGUCUUGAGGGAUCAUCUGAGACAAAGUCCUCUGGUAGGGCGGCCAGCGAAUGCGAGUCUCAGGGUCCAAACGAGGGCCUGUAUUUGAGUGAUGAGCAUAAAAUACAGACCUUACGAGGUCGUAGAACAAUGUGA